AUGAAAAUUUCCUUGUUGAGCGAUUUGCAUGUGGAACAUUUCGAGAGCUUUUCAUCGUUUCAAGACAAGUAUGAAGAGAAAUUUCAUCGGAAACUGUUGAGUACAAAAUUAAUCGAGGAAGGAUCGGACGUGUUGAUUCUUGCUGGAGAUGUUGCCAAUGUCAAACAAGAAAGUUUUAAAGAAUUACUGAAUGAUGUGAGCCACCGAUUUAAACAUGUGAUUUAUGUUGCAGGAAAUCAUGAAUUUUAUGGAAAUGAAUAUUAUAGUUGCAUGGAAAGUAUGAAACAAGUGUGCCUAGAAAAGAAAAAUAUUCAUUUUCUUGAUCAAUCAGUAGUAGAAAUUAAAGAUGACGAAACAGGAGAAAUGGUUGUUUUUAUUGGAUGUAUUUUGUGGAGUCGAGUACCAGAAGCGUCAAAACCAUUCGUUGGAACAUCAAUGAAUGAUUACAAGGUCAUAAAAAUUCAAGACAAUGCUUCUACAGAACCAGUCAAUCUCACAGUGAAUGAUACAGUAAAGUGGUUCGAAGAACAAGUUCAAUUCAUUGAAAAACAAAUUCAACUUGCAAAACAAGAAAAUAAGAGAGCCAUUAUUGUCACACAUAAUGCACCUCUCACAAAAGGAGUUAGCGACCCUAAAUAUGAAAACAGCACUACUGAAUUUACAAAACAUUUGAACACUGCAUUUGCCACUGAUUUACGGCAUUUAAUGGGACCUCCAGUGAUUGCUUGGUUUUUUGGCCAUACUCACUUCUCAUCAAGACAAUGUCAUAAUCAAACCAUUGUGGCUAGUAAUCAAUUGGGAUACUUAUUGUUUGGAAAUGAAAAGAAUGAAUUGUAUGACGAAUUUUGGGUGUUUGACACAAACCAUAUUGACUAUUCCAAAUACAAGCAAGUGAGUGACCAUUCCACAGAGAAUAAUGAGCAUCACGCUACAUCAGCACAAACAACGACUACCUCCAAUAAGAAGAAGUGUCUAUUCAUGUGA